AUGUCCAGGAAUUCCCGGUUAGGGUUCCUUUUCACUAUAGAGAAUCAAGAGGAAGAGGACGGCUGCCAGUCGGUAGAAGGUUUUCGCCAAUGGGAGAGCAAAGGGAACCUCGUUUCAAUCACUGGAGGUCUCAGUCUCAGGAUUCCUACGAAGCAUACCCUCCAAAAAUGGAACCAUACCACAGCCAGCGGAGCUAUUAUCCAUCUAGGCCAAUCCGUGGCCCUCACUUUCAUCAUCGUUCAUCCCCUAACCGUUUUUCUCAAGGACACCAUAGUCAAAGGGGCCCACCUUUCCAUGGCAGUCCCUCAGCUUACAGGCCAAGUUCCCCGAGACAUUUUCGAAACCACCCAGAUGACAGAAGGCCCGGCCCAGCACCAGCCUUCCAGGGAUCUUUCAGGGGCCACAAACGACACCCAGGUUUUUCUCCGGAGCAGCGAAAUCGAGACCCUCCUCCAAGGGAAAGGCCCUAUGAACAAUCAGGGCAUGGCACGAAGCGAUGGAAUGAGCCUGGACCGUUCUUUCACCCACACAAUGGACAGCACCGUCCCUCUGGGUCACAGAGAAGCCCAAGAGAGAUGCAUGGGAGGGGCUCGUGUACAGAGAGGUGGUCGUCUCAACAAGACUCCAGGAGGCAGCGUGGUCCUGCAGAGAGGCAGGGCAGCAGAUCCCACAGUAGAGAGAGGGCACAAGAUGAGUUCACAGGAGAGGCAAGAGGCAGGACUCCGCAAGAGGAGGAUAUCAAACAUCAGCAUGGCUUCAUCAGAGCCUCCACCUGAGCAUGGCAGUGAAAAGUUCCCCAGGAGGGAGAGACCUCAUCUAAGUGUUCAGAGGCCGUUUGGUGGUAAACCUUUGUCUCUUCGGGAUAAAAGUUACUUACUUAAGAGCCGACAAAUCAGAGCACAUUCUCUCGUGCGGCCAAGAGUACCUACUAUUAUGAAACCCAAGUCCCAUCUGGGUGACAUACCCACGCAGCUAAGCACCAGCGCCGUUCUUGCCAUGAGGAAGAAACGUUUCCAGCAAAAUGCAGCUCCUCUGACAAAGACGGAACCAAGAAAAGAAAAACCAGAGCAAUCACCAGCAUCAGACGAUGAGAAUGCCAGCCACUCUUCAAGAGACUCUGGCUCCGGAAAAGAACAGGUGGAGUCUCGUCGGUCCUUGAACACACACAGAUCUUCUCCCAUAGAGAAACGCGACCUCGUAGUUUUGUCCCACUGGCCGCCCGGCCCAAGCUCUUCCAAAGACUCCUCCCCUCCAAAGGGUCAGAGCCCGAAGUCAAAGACAGAAGACCACAGCUCAGAGGAAGAGACCUCACCGAGCCGACGCCCAUCUAAAACUUAUGACUCCAGAAAACCGGGGUAUUUGGAAAGAAGGGUGUUUAGAACGUCCAACAUGAUGCAUGAGGGCAGCAGACCUGAAAAGCCCUUCAGGAGACCAGGACCAUGGCCUGGACCGUGGCAGAGGCCAAGGUUUCCUGUUGGUCCACGACGGAUGGGUCCAGAGCAGCCAGGAUCUCUUCGAAGACCACUCAUGGAGGCUGUGGUCCCGCGUCCUUUCGCACAUCAGAAACCAGUGUUCAGAAAAAGCUACAGUAUCAUGUCCAAAUACCGCAAUAUGAGAGUGAUGCGCCAGCGUGCACCGUACCACUGAGGACCAGCACCGGGGAAACCUCUGGUCCCCCAUGCUUACUGGGGUGGUGGAAAAUGCUGACACUUCAUCAUCCCGAUCCGCUCUGCUGGGGGCGAUUGGAGGGACAUCUGUCCAGGGAGACUGUGGCCCCAAACUUUGUGUUGUGAAAGUGCUGUUGCUUACCUUUGGUCUUUGGUACAAGUGUUUCAUUUUCCUCACUGAAGUACUGUACUGCUGUAUUUGUUUUAGGGAGCUGUUAAAAUAGGGUUUUUUGGUUUUUUAAAUUUACUUAAGGGUCCCCAUUUUGCUCAAACAAUGUUGACAUUUUUAGUUUGUUUUAUAGACGGGACUCAAGCAUUUUCUUUGGUAUGUAACCCUCCAAACUGAAACACAUGUUGAGUUUGACACUCAAUAAAUUCAGAUUUAACACUA